CAUGCAGUCUGAUCAUAUUCAUAUCCAUAGAAUAUCUCAUAAUAACAUAAACAUCAAAUACGGCCUUCUUUCUUAUAAUUAUCAAUUUCAACUCUCUUAAUAACCGCCAAUGGAGUCUGUAGCCUCCAACUCCUCACCAUCAUCCCCACCACAACCAACUACUAACCACCACUAUCGCCGCCGCCGAAGCCACAACCACAACUACCAACCCUUCUCGGACCGUGUAGUCCGUGCCUUACACCACGACCUCCGCCUCCUCCACCGAUCCGAUGACUACUCCACCUUCUUCGUCCUCGGAGCCACCGCAAAUGUCUACGCCGUCACCUUAUCCGCCACUCCUUACUGCACCUGCCCCGACCGCGCCACUCCUUGUAAGCACAUCCUCUUCGUCCUCAUCCGCGGCCUCGGCCUCUCCCUCCACGACCCAUGUCUUCGUCGUAGAACCCUCCGUCCUUGUCACCUCACCCGCCUCCUCUCUGCCCCGAUCUUGCCAGAAUGUCUCGCCGGAAUAUCCCUCCGCCGGAGAUUCCACCAGCUGUUCUACGACCGCCGUGGAAGUAGUAGUAGUAAUGUAAAUAAUAAUAAUAAUGCUCCGGUGACAGAAUUCGAUGAAGGGACGUCGUGUCCAGUUUGCUUGGAGGAGAUGGGGAGAGAGGAGAGGGUGGUGGCUUGCGAGAGGUGCCGGAAUCCGAUUCACGAGGAGUGUUUGCUGACGUGGAAGCGGAGCACUGGGAGGAGGUGGGCUAGCUGUGUGAUAUGUCGGGCGAGGUGGCGGGACAGGGCUGCCGCCGCCAUUAAUGCAGACAAGUACUUGAAUUUGGCGGCUUAUGUUAACGACGAGAACGACGACGUUUCCGCCCAUAUUGGAUGUGAUGAUACCUGUUCUGGCCGUUAACGAGACGACGAAUUUGAUUUUAUAUUAUGCUUUUCUAUUUUAAUUAAUUGAUUGAUUAUUAGAUUUCUUAGUUUAAUUAUUUGUAAAAACAUUAUCCCAAGCUGUGCAAAUUAUUUAUAUUGUAAAAAUUAAGAUAAGUUAUCAAAAAUAUAAAAAGAAAGAAAAA